UAAGAUUUUGCCGGAAGAAAAAAACUCACGCAGACAAGUCAGACCUGUUUGUCUCUGAACAGGAAAAGCAUUCCACUGUGCUUAGACUAAGGAACUUAAACCCAAAUCUUAAAGGAGCAGAUGAAUGGCACUUCGAAGCACUCAGAUUUUCACACUUUAAACCACGAUCAUUUUUCUUGCUCUAAUUUGGGACGUGUGCUAUGUAACUUAGAAAGAGGCUCAGAGAGAAGAAGUAAUGGCAGAAUAUUUACCAACAUUAACAAAACGAGAAGGCAGGAGAGGGAGUAUGGAUGCACCUAUAGAUCUUAACAUCUCACCAGGUGAUGUAGUUAUGGACCUUGAAUCUUCUUUCGAUCUGGAUCUGAAGGCUAAUUCAGUGCCCACUGAGAUCUGCCUGGCAAAAAGUAGCCAGUUUGUGCUUGGUCUGAGAAAAUCUGAUGUUCUCUGUGACAUUUGUGAUGAAAGAAAAAAGAAAGCUCUGAAGUCCUGUCUGCUGUGUCAGACCUCUUACUGUGAAACUCACCUGGAGCCUCAUCAGAGAGUCCCAAUCUUGAAGAGACACAAACUGAUGGACCCUGUGGAGAAUAUAAGAGACUAUAUUUGCCCAAAACACGAGAGACCUCUGGAGGGGUUCUGUAGAGAUGAUCAGAUGUAUGUGUGUGUGUUUUGCACUGAUGGAGACCACAAGACUCACAACACUGUUACUCUAGAGGAGGAGAGUACAGAGAAGAAGACUCAGCUGAUGAAGACACAGAAAGACGUGCAGCAGAUGAUCCAGGACAGGAUCAAGAAGGUUCAAGACAUCAAACAUUCAGCAGAAAUCAGAAAAAAAAGCACAGAGCGAGAUAAAACAGCUAAUGUUGAGCUCUUCAGCGAUCUGAUUCGCUCCAUUGAGAGAUGUCAGGUUGAGCUGCUGGAGAUGAUGGAGGAGAAGCAGAAAGCAGCAGAGAAACAGGAGGAGAAGCUGAUUCAAGAGCUGCAGCAGGAAAUCACUGAGCUCAAGAUGAGAAACACUGAGCUGGAUCAUCUCUUACACACAGAGGAUCACCUACAGCUCCUACAGAUUGAUCCAUCCCCGUGCGGUCCUCCACACACCAGGAACUGGCCUGAGAUCAGUAUGAGCCCUGAUGUGAGUGUGGAGACUCUGAGGAGAGCCCUGACUCAGCUGCAGGAGACUCUAGACGAGAAACUCAGUCAGUCUGUAUUAAGGAGGAUGCAGCAGUAUGAAGUGGAUGUGACUCUGGAUGCUGAUACAGCUCAUCGUCAGCUUGUCUUGUCUGAUGAUAGAAAACAAGUGAGACAUGGAGACAUUAAUCACUACCUCCCAAACAACCCAGAGAGGUUUGAUCACAACUUCUGUGUACUGGGAAAAGAGGGAUUCUCCUCAGGGAGAUUUUAUUUUGAGAUACUGGUGGAAGGAAAGACUGCCUGGACGUUAGGAGUGGCCAGAGAAUCUGUAAACAGAAAGGGAUCAGUCAUAGUGAGUCCUAGGAAUGGAUUCUGGACUCUGGCUCUGAGGAAUGAGAAAGAAUAUUCGGCCUGUACUGAAUCUGGUGUCUCUCUGUCUCUGAGAGUGAAACCACCGAAGGUGGGUGUGUUUGUGGAUUACGAGGAGGGUCUGGUCUCCUUCUAUGAUGUGGAGUCCAGAUCUCAUAUCUACUCCUUCACUGGUCAGACUUUCACUAAUCGACUGCAUUCAUAUUUUUGUCCAUGUAAUAAAGGUAAUACAGGUCAAAACUGGCCCCCAAUAAUUAUCUCAUCUGUUGUUUACACUUGAUGAAUCUACACUUCAAAUUACAAAUUAAAAUGCAAGUGGUGCUUACAGUGGCCAAACUCACUGCCAUGAUACUGGAGCUAACUUGAAAGUUCUCUAUGAUUGUGCCUACAAAUUGACAAGAACCUCUUAGGAGCUCCUCAUGCUUACUUUGACCAGAGUUUGUAAGCAAAGACUGUGAAUUGUUUAAAUAUUUACUGUAAUUGACUUUUUUUAAUGUUAUUUACAGUUACAGUUUCUGUACAUUUUGUAGUGUGUUGACAACACCAACCUCAGAACAGUUUCUUUGCCCUUUGACUUGCUCAUUCUCCUGAUUGUAGGGGUGCCUGUUAUCACAUGUAGCCUAUAUUAAUUCAGUUCUGCGGGUUUUCUUUUGUUCAGUAUCUUGACAUCUUUGUUUAAGCUACCUGUUUGUUGGAUAACCUGCUGUUAUAUAAACUGUGUGUUUAUAUUAAAAGACUUUUGAUAUCUUCA